AAAGGAGGGGGACUGUCUAGUCACUAGUGUCUAGGUUCGCUUGAUGUAAAUCCUGGUGGGCCUCUUGUGACCUGCCACACCGCUUUCUCUCUCUUAAUUUUUUCCAUUGUUCAAACUUCAAAGCAAGCUGGAUUUUUUCCAAUGAGUAAUAGGGGGAAAGCUGCCAUCUAAAAGCUAAAACGCCAGCAAAAUUGGAUCCACCAAAUUGAUUCUCCCAAAUUUCCUGUUUCUGGGUCUUUAGAUUUCUUAAAAGUUCGCUCAUUUCCCAGCUGUUUUGGUGUAAUAUUGCGUUGAUAUUUUGCAAUUUGGAAUUGGGAGCUUCAUUGUUGCUGGAUUCUUGGUGUUCUUGCUGAAAACUAAUCCAGAAAAUUGCGGAGGUGCUUAUUUGGUGACUUGAAGAUUUGUUGAAGCAGUGGAUUUGAUCAAAUGAACUAAGAAUUGCGCGCUUCAAUCUUGUCUUAAAAGUGGAGAUUCAGCUGGUAAGAUUGGUAUCAAUCAGACAUAUAGAAUUGAUAAAAGAGGGUUUCUUUAUGUAGGCAAUUUCCAGUAGAUGUGUAUUGAAUAGUGAAAAUGAGUGUUUUUGCCACCCAAUAUCAUUGCUUAUGGUUUCAAAGUUUGUUCUGACAAUUUGAGGCUUAAAUUUUGGGAAUUGGAUUUUGUUGAGGCUUUUUGACAACGGAUAAAAUGUUUUUAAUUGGUUGAUGGAUUGAGGGGAAGUGUAUUAGUUGGUGCAAUGUUGAAAGUGGUAGUGGUUGGAUUGUUGGUCUGUACUCUCAUACUCUCUAUAUCCACCAUUGUUACUGGAUACUCGAAUUGUAAUUGCGACGAUGAGGGGUUUUGGAGCAUUCAUAGCAUUAUGGAAUGCCAAAAAGUGAGUGAUUUCUUGAUUGCCAUUGCCUAUUUCUCCAUACCCAUUGAGUUGAUUUACUUCAUUAGCUGCGCAAAUCUUCCCUUCAAAUGGGUCCUCGUGGAAUUCAUCGCUUUCAUUGUCCUUUGUGGAAUGACCCAUUUGCUCAAUGGAUGGACUUACUAUGGUCCUCACUCAUUCCAGCUCAUGAUGUCACUUACAAUAUUCAAAUUCCUAACAGCCUUGGUUUCAUGUGCCACUGCAAUAACGCUUUUAACUUUGAUCCCUCUUCUACUUAAAUUGAAAGUUAGAGAGGUGUUUUUGACACAAAAUGUCUUGGAAUUAGACCAAGAGGUUGGGAUGAUGAAGAAAAAGAAGGAAGCUAGUUGGCACGUUCGAAUGCUUACUCGAGAAAUAAGAAAAUCACUCGAUAAGCUUACUAUAUUAGAUACUACUUUGGUUGAACUUUCCAGUAUUUUGGACCUGCAGAAUUGUGCUGUUUGGAUGCCAUAUAAUAAUAAGACUGCAAUGAGCUUGACCCAUGAGCUGAAGUCUAACCCCUCGAAUACAUUUCCUAGAAAUAUCCCGAUGGAUGAUCAAGAUGUUCAGGAGAUCUGUAAUAGUGAGGGAGUGAAGAUUUUAAGACCGGAUUCGGCGCUGGGAAUGGCAAGUAGUGGUGGUUUGGAAGACCCUGUUUCUGUGGCAGCGAUUCGGAUGCCAUUGCUGAAUGUCUCUAAUUUUAAAGGCGGGACUCCUGAAUUCAUCAAGACAUCUUAUGCCAUAUUAGUUCUGGUUCUUCCAAGUUCAACUGCUAGAGUUUGGAACCAUCACGAAUUAGAGAUAGUGGAAGUGGUCGCUGAUCAAGUGGCUGUGGCCCUUUCUCAUGCGAAUGUUCUUGAAGAGUCUCAGAUGAUGCGAGAUCAGCUAAAAGAGCGAAAUCGUGUUCUGCAGCAGGCUAAGAAGGACGCAAUCAUGGCAAACCAAGCAAGAGAUUCGUUCCAGAAGGUUAUGAGCCGUGGAAUGAGGAGACCAAUGCAUUCAAUUCUUGGUCUUCUUUCGAUGUUUGAAGAUAAUAUGGAUUUUGAUCAACGAAUUAUGGUUGACACCAUGGUGAGAACUGGUAAUGUUAUCUCAACUUUAUUAAAUGAUGUGACAGAGAUAUCAGCAAAAGACAAUGGAAGGUUCCAAUUGGAGUUGAGACCAUUCCACCUGCAUUCCAUGAUUAAGGAAGCUUCGUGCUUGGCCAAAUGUUUAUUUGUCUACCACGGGUCCAGUUUUUCACCUGAUGUUCAGAGUACUUUGCCUGCUCAGGUGAUUGGUGAUGAGAAAAGAACUUUCCAGGUCCUUCUACACAUGGUAGGACACCUACUGCAUAUUUCUAGAAAAGGAGAUUCUAUCAAUUUUCAGGUUUCCGAGGAAAAGGGCAGUGAGGGAAAGAAUGAUAAGUGGGGGAUGUGGAGAUCGUCCGUUACUGUCGAUGAUUUCAUUAAAAUAAAGUUUGAGUUUGACAUAAGUGGAGGUUAUCCAACAGAGAUUAUCAGAAGAACCCACGGUGAUGCAAAUAAGGAAGUGUUGAGCUUCAGCAUGUGCAAAAGGCUAGCUCAGAUGAUGCAGGGUGAUAUCUGGAUAUCUCUUAACUCGUAUGGCCAGCCACAGAACAUGACUCUUCUUCUGCGAUUUCAACAACUAAAAUAUCUUCCUGAGGGAAAUGUGUAUGCAACUACAGAAAAUACAUAUCAUAACUCUCUAUUCAGAGGCCUGAAAAUCUUGAUUUCUGACGACGAUAAUGUAAAUCGGACAGUAACGAAGAGGCUGCUUGAGAAGUUAGGCUGUGAAGUUUCUUCCAGUUCUUCUGGUUAUGAGUGCCUAAGUGCCUUGGCAGCAUCACCAAACAAUUUUAGGGUUGUGCUACUUGACCUUCAUAUGCCCGAAAUGGAUGGCUUUGAAGUUGCAAAGAGAAUACAGAAAUUGUAUAGCCGGGGCGGUCCAUCUAUCAUAGCCCUAACAGCAAGUGCAGAGGAUAAUAUAUGGGAAAGAUGCUUACAGAUUGGGAUGAAUGGUCUAAUAAGGAAACCUGUGGUUUUACAGGGAAUGGUUGACGAGCUCCGGAGGGUUGUCAGGUGAUCAAAUGAGAAUGUCCUGAGAAACUAGGGUUUUUAGAACAUAGUCAGACAGUUCAAUGUGAUUCAUUAUUUACCCUCAUCUGGGGAAUUAGGAAUGUCCAUUACAGCAUUAGAAGUUCAGGUAACUUGUUAACUAACAUUAGCUGAUUUUCUAGACUUUGCUGGAAACUUCAGUGUAAUAUGACAGACACGACGUUACAUUAACAUGAUGUCAAGUGUCUACUGUGAUUUAUACAUGAUAUACGUAGCAAGAAAUAGAAGAUUCAAGACAAUUGUUUCAGUAAUGUUAUUAUAUGUCAAGUAGGAUGUAAGAACCAAAAAUUAGUUUUGGUUUUUAGGAUUGGAGAUGAUGAGCAAGUUUAUGUUAAAAGAUAAUGAACUAGCAAAGCUGACUAGCUUUUUGACCGAUGUACUGAAUGGGACCAUGGGUUAUAUGAUUAUAAUUUUUAAAACA